AUGGCAGGUGCGAACCCUGAAGUACCCAAAGCCCAAUAUCAGCACUACAUUCCUCGAUUCUUGCUCCGUCGCUUCUCCUACCCAUCUUCGACUGUGCUCAAUCAUGGCAAGAAGCAGAACAGAAAACAACGAGUUGAAGAUAUAGUCACGGCAGUUGACCUAGGUCACGACAUUCCCAAAUUUGUCGAAUCACCGGUGGGACGAAUCUUUGGACAAUAUGACAUGUACAAGGACGACUCAAAAUUCAACAAAAAAGAGCAAAAUCGAAUUGAGACGAAGUUAAGCCGUAUUGAGGGCCAAGCAAGUCGCAUUAUUGCCGAAGUUACAGAUGCCCAUAAAACGGGCAAGGACAAAGUCGAACUCUCACGCCAUGACAAAGAUCUUUUACGAAAAUACAUCUUCGUCAUGAAGUAUCGCAGUCCCAUCUUCUUCACACGCUUCAAUCAUCAGAGAGCAGAGGAUUAUGCUUCGAGCGAUCGGGCAUUGUUUCUGGAAUACAUGCAAGAACGCAAUUUCUCGCGCCCACUCGAUGUCUGGCUCGACAACCUUGAAAGGAUUAUUGAUAAGCCUAUGGAUCCUGCCGGUAAAUGGACAGAAGAUCUCUACGAGGAAAUCUACCCAGAAGACGCCAAGUGGCUCAACAUCAAUAUCAGAUCGAUGUACCUGUCUUUCGCUACUCCUUCAGAUGCCGUUGAAGAGUUUCUUCUCACUGAAAACGCGUUUGGCAUUUAUGAAGGGCCGAACGACUACUUCACCAACCCUUUCACAGGUGAACAGACAACGACUGCAUACACCGAGUUUCAUAUAAUCAGCGUCGUUUCUCCACGUUUAGUCAUGAUAUUACGCGACAAUUGUCUCCCGGAACCUUUGGAGGACCAGCGCGACAACAUCCGCGAUUGGAAGAGAUUGAUGUUGGCAGCUAGUGCUCAGGCGCAUAAUCAACCAGACAACGCUAAAUCUUUGCUCGAAGACUUGCCAUUAGCGAAAGCUCGAAACUCCUACACUGUGAUUCAAGACGGUCGGCUUGAACUGGCUAAAGGUGCAGACGGAGUGCCUAGAGCGAAAGACAAAUUCGACUUCACUUUCUUCGGCCUAGAGAGCAAACAUGUGCAGACCAUCAACCUUGUCAUGCUGGACCAAGCCCACCACAGCUCGCAUAUUGUGUACAAGUCGAAAGUCGCAUUGCAAGCAGCUCUGGACUUCUAUUUGGAUUAUCCAACCCAGACUAGAGGAGCCUACAGUCUGAAGACGAUAAGUGAUCGACCGAACGACCCGAUGCUGGCUUUAUUACGAAAGCUGGAGACGAUUGCCCAUUCAUUGGGCUCGUCUGUCAGAGCGAAGUACUACAUCGAUCCGCUUGAUGAAAUUAAGGAUACGCCGCCUCCUGACGGAGCGCCGACUUUCAAUGGCGUGGUUGCCCAAGUUUUAGAAACAAUAGAAAACGAUUGCCGGACAGUAAGUCUCGUGGCGCUGCCCGCAACCGUCAUGAGCAAGGUGUUAAGCAAGCUGAAGAUGUCUGCUUCAACGAUGAAAAGGCUUGACCUGAUGGCGAUGGCGGAUAACCGACGCUGCUUCCCAGACCAGAUUUUUCUAGCAGUUCAUAAGGCAGACAUCAGAGGUCUUAGUGCGCGAUACAAGAAAAUUCUCCAGAUUGGCAAACCGAUGUGGAGAAGCGCAUUGGAUGAGCUUGUUAAGCAAGAGUGCGAAGCUGAGUCUGUAAACGCCAAUCGCAAUACUGAGUUCUUUGAGAAUAUACGGCGCAAUUUUGAUCGGAUUUCUGACACGGACUCUCCUGACCUCUCUGAUGCUCUAGAUAAGGCACCAUCUUUUGAUGAGACUGUCUCUCAAGUGUUGGCAACGGCAGAAACCGAUUUUCUAGACCAAAGUCUGGCUAGCCAUGACUUUGCCUUGGCAAUGGUCGUUAUGAUUCAGGUCGUAAAGGAGCAAGAGAUGACUGUCAUGUCGACCCACGCGCUUGACCUGAUUUUCAUGGCUGAUGGCAGGCCCUGCUUUCCAGAUAUGGUCUACUCAGCGGUCCAAGAAGCGCACACCAGGGAUUGUAGUGAGCGCACCAGGAGACUUGUCAGUGUCGAUCUGAUGAUGUGGAGAAGGGGAUGGGGUGCGCUUGUUGAGAGAGCUUUGCAGGUUCCGGGCGUGAAACUAGAUGACAGUAUUGAUGCCAUGCGGAAAGUCUUACGUCAACUUCCUAGCAUGCCUUCAUCAGAUUCUUCCCCAACUUUAACGUCAUCUGCAUUUCAGAAUACGAACCGACAUCUAAGGGAGGCUUCUGUACAACGAUCGAGUUUAUACAGCGACACUGAAGACGCUCCUGGACGUUCCAGGUCUGGACAGCUAAAGCGUUCCUCGAACUCUACCGUAUCAUCCAAGAGGAGAGAUAUCUUCAAGGCUGCUUUACUCGCCUUCUCUGGCGUAGUCUUCAUAUGUGUCUGUCUCACUGUUCUUGUAUGGACGCUCAUUAGCAUCGCAUGGUUUCUCGUUGCUCAGAUAUGGAACUUCGUUGUUCUUGUAUGGCGCCUUGCACUCUAA